GAGAGCAGUUCCUGAUUCUCUACCUUGAUAUCAAAACUUCCGUCGCAUCCACCUCUCUCCACUACCUUCUUCACCACCACCACUACUCAACAAUCAUGUCGGCUUCUCAAGAUAUGCUUUCGUCCAAUGGCGGCGACAUCGUGGACUCUUUGGACCAGCUGAAGAUGGACGAGCGACUUGGCCCCGACGGCGAGCUCGCCCCUAAGACGGACGAAGAAUAUGCCCAGGCUCAGCUGACUUUGCGCGCCAUUGUUUCCUCCAAGGAAGCUGGUGUUAUCAUUGGAAAGGGCGGCAAGAAUGUUGCUGACCUCCGUGACGAAACUGGCGUAAAAGCCGGUGUUAGCAAGGUCGUCCAAGGCGUUCACGACCGUGUCCUCACCAUCACUGGUGGCUGUGAUGCCAUCUCUCGGGCCUACGCCAUCGUUGCCCGGGCUCUUCUCGAGGGCGCACCUGCCGUCGGCAUGGGCGGCGUCAUCCAAAGCAAUGGCACCCACCCUAUCAAACUACUCAUCUCCCACAACCAAAUGGGCACCAUUAUCGGUCGACAAGGUCUCAAGAUUAAGCAUAUCCAGGAUGUUUCCGGCGUUCGCAUGGUUGCGCAAAAGGAAAUGCUGCCUCAGUCAACUGAGCGUAUUGUCGAGGUUCAGGGCACCCCCGAAGGCAUCCAGCGAGCCAUCUGGGAGAUUUCCAAGUGCUUGGUCGAUGAUUGGCAGCGGGGUACCGGCACUGUGCUUUACAACCCUGUCGUCCGAACCCAACCCUCCGGCUCUGGAAGCCUGGGUGGCACUGGCUAUGGCAACGGCGGCGGUCGGGGUGACUACGGAAGCCCUCGCGUGAUGCGCACCGGAAAUGGGGCCGACUUUAGCAACGGAGGCUCAAGACCGUUUAGCCGUCGCUCAGAUUCCGAUGCUGCGAAUCGUGGCCCUCCAACCCACGACGAGAAUGGCGAGGAAAUCCAGACUCAGAACAUCAGCAUCCCCGCCGACAUGGUUGGAUGCAUCAUUGGCCGUGGCGGCAGCAAGAUUAGCGACAUUCGCAAGACUUCCGGAGCUCGCAUUUCUAUUGCCAAGGCCCCUCAUGACGAGACUGGUGAGCGCAUGUUCACCAUUAUGGGCACUGCCAAGGCCAAUGAGUCUGCACUUUUCUUGCUCUACGAGAACCUGGAGGCUGAAAAGAUGCGUCGCAGUCAGAUGCAAGACCAAGAGUAAAUCAAGGACUCUCUAAUAAUGAGCACACUGGCUGUUGCUUCAUGUUUCUCGUACCACUUGUGAAUGAGCUGUAUUUGGGCUGGAUUUGGCGGAUUUCAGGGCGUCCAGAUCUGGUUUGCCGCAAGGCUCCUCUUUCCCCCGCUGGAACAGGGACAGGAUUUUUGAUGAUUAUGGUCCAUCACCAAAAGCAUUC